CGCACAGCAUACACAUUUAGCUUGGCAAGGACUCAAUAGGCACAUCGAUGUCGAUGCUUUGGCUUUUAUGUCUUGUAUGUGAAAGACUACCACAAUGGUCAAUUCCAAGAAUUCACGAGUAUCUUCUUUGGUCGUUUGCCACCGCUGGAAAUCCACAUAUUGAUGCGUCAAAAUCAAUUGCUGACGAGGACGAACGGUCUCGAAUUACUGCGCUCGGAUCGAAUCUGCUAUCACAUCUGUUACAUAGUCACAAUGACAUGACCAAAAAGUCCGUAUAUGACCUAUUGGAUCAAUAUUUCGCUAUGGUUAAGCGAUAUAAUGAAGGCAUCCAAGAGUCAGACAUUCAGAUUUAUUUACUAGGCUACAUGCUUGCGUUGCCACGAAUAGCACCUGUAGUUGUGAGUGAGUGUUGGAAAGAUGUUUUUAAAAAGCUUUAUGAAACCAGAGGGCUUGGCGAUAUGUUCCUUCAUGAACGGGAAACAAAUCAAUCACUUGUUCGCACAACAUCAGGAGAAGUGAUCAGUGUAGCGAAUGCUUUUUCAAGCUGGCUGUACACUGUUGCAUUCGACAAAAAUGGCCUUAUAAUGAAGCAUGCCUUGGAUAUUGCCAUUGCACUGGAUGCUAUGGCUUAUGAUAGUAGACUCGGCCUUCACUAUCUCAUUCCGUCGGGUGGCAGAUCAAUCAUCGAUACAUUGAAACCGUCCUUUGAUAAAUUGGAUUUGGAGCCUGCAUCGGUCGAUCUGAUUGAAUGGAUCUUGCCCAUCAUUGGCACAUCGAAAGCCUCCUCAGAACGUGGGCCGGAUGAUUUGAAAAUACCAUUGUUCUUACUACAAAUGUCGGCAUUGAAAAGCAGUACAUCGAGCACUGCAAUAGAUAUGUUUGUGGCUCUGAUUACUCGUCUGGAUCGAGAAAUAUCAAAUGAUACGACACCGCAGGCGGACGCUGGAGCGCGAUAUCUUAUUUUAAAUCUGGUAGCAGCAGCAGAAGAAAAAUGGCCAGGCAUAUUCGAGACGAUCUUGGAACAAGUUUUUUCAAAAGCCAUUGCAAUGCAUAUCGCCAAUAGCGGAGGAUCUAUCAACGUGGAAAAGAUUCUGACGAACUUAUCCAUGCUCUUUGAAGAAGCGUCCGAUAGCAACUACUACAGUCGUCCUGGAUUUAAUGCCUUCAAGAACUACAUGAAGCAGCGCUGGCGCCAAGUGUUAUUGCUAUUUGUCAAUCAUCCAUCGAUGGAAUGUCGUGCGCUUGGAUACCGAGCAUUACGACAUUCACAUUUUUGGGAAAAUAGCGGGGACAGUGAUAUGGCCGCAAAGAGUGUGGAUCCAAUGUCAAUUUCGAAACUAUUAAUGGAUGCAUGGUUUCGACAUAUGAAAAGUCGUUACACGUUUUUCAAAGAGAACCAUGAAGAAUCGGUGUUGGACGAACUUGAAUAUCUGAUAACUCGUUGUUGCCAGAACUUAGCACUGGCUAAAGCUAUUUUCAGUGCAGCGCUUGAUGGUAUUACUGGUGGUGCGCUCGAGCUGUUUCCCAGCGUGGAUAUUGAAGCAUUGCGACAAGAAAAGAUCGAUUUGCUCAGCAAGAUACGUCAUAACGGUAGUGCGAGCAGUGACAAUUCACCAUCGAGUGCAGGGUCACUUAAAUCAAUCCAACAACGACGACCUCCACAAUUUCUAAGUCUGUAUCCACAAUUAGAUCAGAUGAUAGAGCUGCAAGAUCGAGUUUAUAUAAACAACAUUGAGCGGUCUGCAAACUUGUUUUACAAGUUUCAAGAGCAGGGUCAAAAAUAUUCACAAGAGCACAAAUCUACUGUCAACUUUCAUAUUUUAUCGCAUCUAUCCGUCAAAUGGCCGUCUGCUACAGUGCUUGUAGAAGCUUAUGACGAAGCACUCCCGAUGAAUAUUCCAUGUGCAAGGGAUAUCACGAUCGGUAAUGCAUUCAAAGAUCAUCCAGUUCUUUUUCUUAUCGUUGAGAAAUGUUCUGCAAACUCGCGAUUUCCUGUAGAUGAUAUGCUUAGAAGCAUCUUGGUUUACUUUAUCGCUUUUUGGCACAUGGGACAGGUUGCUCAAGCGCCUACCACGCUAAAGUUCGCUACGCAGCUCGAGGAAACCGCACAUCUCAACAUUUUGAUGAAACAUAUGCUGCCGCAAUCGUUUCACGAUGUAUACAAGCUCUUUCCAUUCAUGUCGGCUCGGGACAUGGGCGCUAUUCUUCACCAUACCAUUUGGCCAUUUAUUCGUGUACAACGCACAGUAUCAGAUAUUCCUGGAUUGGGUACUGCCUCGAGUGGUGGUGUAUCUUUUCAAAACGACGUGGAGCUUGAAACCAAAUGUAUAAACCAUCUGUCUUCAAUCUAUCAAGACAGGAUGAAGGUGUUGGAGGCGGCCCCAACUUGGCAUGAAGCAUGUAAAAAGAUUGGAUGUGAACUGAACUUGUAAAUAAACUGCAUCACCCAAAAUGGCUAGUGCGGAGUUCACGACGUGGUUUUGUGUGGUUUGCCCAAAGUCGAAGGCUUUUAUUUUUCUGACAUAUACUACACAUAAAAGAAACCAUG